UAAUGUGUUUUCUAAUAACUGGAAAAAAAAAAUAUACCGGCCAAAUUGAUAACCUCCUCCUUUUUGGGAAGUCGGUUAAAAAUAACUAAAUGCGUAUCUAAAGUAGGUACUCUCCCACUCAAAACAAUAACACGAGGAGAGACAAACUAUGCUGGCAUGUCUUAGUCAUUGUCUUUAGACAGCUUGUAGAAGCUUGAUAUAAAGUGUUGUUCACCUCUUCAAGUAAAGUUACUAGAGAAAUACAAAGAAAUAACUAACCUGCCUUAUCCACUUUCUAACAUCAGGCAAAUCAGUUAACUUGGGCCCCUUCAAAACAGUGUCUAUGACUUCUGGCAAUACAUCCUUGAAGGCUCUUUUCUCUGCGUUCAAAUUAAAGCUACGGACACUAAUGGCCGCCGCAUUUUUUUGCAAUCGUGUUCUCGACUGCUUGUAGUACAACGAACUACGUCGGAGCAAUGAUGCCAUUGCACUAACUAAUAAAGCACAGUCACAUUGACAAUACAAAGAUAGGAGCACACAAUAUAAAUUAGUUAAGCAUUUAAUUGUCAUGUCUACUGUCUACCAUGUUCGUGUACUAGCUGUAACGCUGCUACGCAGCAACUAUGUUUAAACUUUGGAAUAACGGAUUACGCCGGUGUAAUGGUCGAGCCGCCAAGCUGUAAAUUGCCUAUUUACAGCCUACAUGUUUAGUCUGCCACAAUGGCGUUAUUGCUCCCCAAAACAUUAUUUUUCAACCAAAUAAGGACAUUACAUAAGACACCGGUUAAAUUAAGUAUACCAAUAACUUUCAAAUCGGAUAUAAAUUAUAAGAAAUUUGAUGAAGUCCGACCCGAAGUGAUGAAAUCCUUAAUGUCUAGUCCUAAGUUCACGAAACAAUUGCCUGAAGUUGGUACCAGGAUUAAAGAGAUGUUAGAUUACACAAUGCACGGAGGAAAACGUAGCACCGGAUUAUCUGUUCCCUUCGGCUAUCAGAUAAUGGAAGAUCCAAAAUACUUCGUAGAAGAAAAACUGCACACAGCACGAUUUCUAGGAUGGUGCUUAGAAAUUUUACAUGCAAACCUACUGACUAUAGACGAUAUAUUGGACGCAAACACGACUCGCCGUGGCCUGACAUGCUGGUACCUACGACCAGAAGUCGGUACAUCGGCGACUAACGACAGCAUGCUCAUAUAUCUAUGUCUGAUGGAAGUCUUGCAAAUUAACUUCGAGAAAGAACCUUAUUAUGUGGAUUUGAUUAAGAUUAUUCAUGAUACAGCCAUGUACACAGGAAUAGGACAAUAUUUAGAGUACUCAUCAAGUUACAGUAAGGAAAAAAAUAAUUUGGAAGUAUUCAACAUGGACCGAUUCAAUACCAUCGUUAUACAAAAAGGUGCCUAUUUCUUCUUCACAAUGCCCUUACUCGUAUCUCUGCUUUUAGUGAAGAACGGAAAAGAAAGAGAUCUUACAGAGCAAAUCAACAUCUGCUUUGAAGUUGGUAAACUUCUACAAUAUCAGAACGACUUCAAAGACGUCUACUGGGACAAAGCUACCUAUGGAAAAGAUGGCACAGAUAUUCAAGAAGGUAAACUCUCCUGGAUUGCCAUAACAGCGCUGGAGCGCUGCAAUGAAGCUCAACGUUCUAUUUUCAAAGAAUACUACGGCAGCAAAGACCCUGAACAUGUUAAGCAAAUCAAGCAGCUUUAUGAUGAAUUGCAAAUGGAUAAAAUGUACGCUGAGUUCGAACAUUCUUUUUAUGAAAAUAUGAAACGGCGAAUUUAUACUUUGCCCACUGAAGGAGAGAUACAAUACUUUUUGCAAAUAUUAGAGGUGUGCCGACAGAGAGCUUAUUAAGUUAUCGAUAUAAUAAUUGUGAAUAAUACAAUCGGUGAAUUGAUGCAUUUUGUCAAAUUAAAUUGUUUUGAUUACGCA